UCAUGAAAUUAGCUUUACUUCUUUUUGUCAGAGUAAGAACACUAUAGAUUCGAAUAUUGAAUACGUUAAAUUUUCGUAUUGUGAGAUAUAUGAACACGUGUAUAUUGCACAAAUAAUAAUUUAUAUAUAAAUUGUUCUAAAAAUUUAUAAAUAUUUAAAAUUCAUCCGUAUUUAGUCGCUUUAUUAUAUGUCGAUCAGCAGUCGAUUUUUGUCGAUUGUGACUGAUAACUGACGGUUAUUUCAAUAAACGAAGGGUGAUACCUGAUUAUGACAGAUAAUAAUCAAGAAGACCAAACUACAACUACUUCAUCAUUCCCCCCAAUUGAUAUUAUUGAUUUGACGAACGAGUCACCAAUGAGAAUUAGACCUGAAUCGUACAUAUGUAGGAGAAGUUUGAACGAUGUAUUUACAAGUGGUUACAAUAUUCCAACAGACUCAAAUCAUAUUUCUACAUGUAAAAGAAGUGUGUCACACAGUGAUAAAACUGGAAAGACAAAAUCCAACAAUACUACACACAUGGGAGAAAUCGUGAGUCUUGAUGACACAAUUUGUAUUCCUGAUGAUGAUAAACCUUAUGUAACUGAAUCAGAUAAUGGAAAAGCAGUGCCCUUAAUAUGCCCGAUAUGCUUAGAACUAUUAUGUUCCAAGUUAAAACCAAUUACUACUCCUUGUGGACAUUUAUAUUGCGCAUCAUGCUUAAAAGUGCAUCUUCGUAGAUCCAAGGAAUGCCCAAAAUGCAAAAGUACUACGACAUUAAAAUCUUGUACCCGUUUAUUUUUAUAAGUUGUUUUUUUCUUACAGAAAUAAGGAAAAUUUCAAAUUAAAUGAUUUCUCAUAUUUAACUCAACUUCCAUCGUAUGUAUCAGAUCUAUUGCAAUAACUCUAAUAUCUUCGCAUGUAUUUGACAUCUUUUCUCCUUGCUUAUAAUGAUAUUUGGUUAUUGCGGAUGAAACCUAGCAAUAUUGAUUAAAUUUGUAAUAUUCAUACAUCUAAUAUUUUAUAUAUGCAAUGUACAUUCCAGAAAACAGCUUAAAAUAUAUGCAGAAGAAAAGACUACUUAUAUUUAAAUAUAUAAAAGACUCAAUAAUUUUUAUAAAUAUAUUAAGUUUCAUUUUGUAAUAUAAAACAUAUAAAAAUAUAGUUACAUAUUUCAUCUCCACGGGAAGAUAAUUUGUUUUCAUUAAUGAGAAUUCCAUUCUAAUAAGUAAUUCUUUUUUUUUUAUUAUUUAUAAGCUAACUAUAAUGUAUGGUUGAGUAUAUAACGCAAUAAUAAUAAUAAUAAUAAUAAUACAUUUCAAAAAACAAUAAUACAUUUCAACGACGUACACGCAUGUGUGUGUAUGUGUGAAGUACAAAUAUGUGAUAAAUAUGUAAUAAAUUGUAAAAUAUAUUGUCAAAUAUAUGGUAUGUAUAUAUUGUGUGUGUGUGUGUGUGGAUGUGUAUAUUUACUGACAUCUCUAGAAAUGUUUGUCGAUAUGUCCAUAAAUAAUGUGUUCCACUAGUCUCAGGUAGAAAAAAAAGUUCCAUUUUUUCUUGGUAGGAGUGACAGAUCAACAAGAUUGAUA